ACAUCCAAUCAAUUUGCUCUGAACUUGAACUAAACAGGUCCAGCUAGUAUGUCAGCAUUGACAAAGGUUUACACCAACAUCACUGAGAUCACAAAACAUUUAGUUGUUAGAGAGGUGAGGUUGCAGGAACCGAAUCUAGAAUAUAAUCUCUUUAUUCUAGGGUAGUAAGGUUGCAUGAUCACUAUAAUCAAAUGACAGCAAAACCAGUAAGACUAGCUUCACUCUCUGAGCAGGACCUGCUUUGUCCGGUGUGUUGUGAGGUGUUCAGCCACCCCGUCCUUCUGAAAUGUGGCCAUAACUCCUGCAAGGAGUGUUUACAGAAGCUGUGGGAAUGGAAAGGAGGCAGAGAAUGCCCCGUGUGUCAGACCGCGUCGCCCUCGGCGAGGCCUCCUAUCAACCUGGUCCUGAAGAUAGCAGCCGACAGGUUUACAGAGAGCAGGGCACGACCAGGGGGAGAGUGCCUUCUUCACAACGAGAAGCUGAAGUUAUUCUGUCGCGACGACGAGGAGCCCAUUUGUGUCGUCUGUCAGUCGUCUAAACAACACAGAGUACAUGCGUGCUACCCCGUAGAGGAGGCAGCCCUUGAGAGAAAGGUGAGACGGACAUCUGAAAUAUUACAGAGCAAUUUAGACUGGUGUGUGUGUCUGUCUACCAGUGAAGGCCGCUGAGGGGAGUACGGCUCAUAAUAAUGGCUGGAACGGAGUCAAUGGAAUGGGAUCAAACACGUUGGAAACCAGGUUUUUCAUGGGUUUGAUACCAUUCUAUUGGCUCCGUUCCAGCCAUUAUUAUGAGCCGUACUCCCCUCAGCGGCCUCCACUGGUGUGUAUCAAAUCAAAUGUCACAUGCUUGGUAAACAACAGGUGUAGAAUAACAGUGAAAUGCUUACUGACGGGGCCCUUCCCCCACAAUGCAGAGAGACACAUAGAGACAUAGGAGAAAGAAUAAUGCAUAACUACCAUAACAUAUUACCAGUACCAGUACCGAGUCCAUAACAUUACUAUAUACACCAGUACCAGUACUGAGUCCAUGGGGUAGUGGUGGAAAAAGUACCCAAUUGUCAUACUUGAGUUAAAGUAAAGAUACCUUCAUAGAAGAUUACUGAAGUAAAAGUAUUCUACUUGAGUAAAAGUCUAAAAGUAUUUGGUUUAAAAUAUACUUAAGAGUUGAAGUCGGAAGUUUAUAUACACUUAGGUUGGAGUCAUUAAAACUUGUUUUUCAACCACUACACACAUUUCUUGUUAACAAACUAUAGUUUUGGCAAGUUGGUUAGGACAUCUGCUUUGUGCAUGACACAAGUAAUUUUCCCAACAAUUGUUUACAGACAGAUUAUUUCACUUAUAAUUCACUGUAUCACAAUUCCAGUGGGUCAGAAGUUUCCAUACACUAAGUUGACUGUGCCUUUAAAUAGCUUGGAAAAUUCCAGAAAAUGAUGUCAUGGCUUUAGAAGCUUCUGAUAGGCUAAUUGACAUAAUUUGUCACAAACGUUGAGAGACGGGUCGGUCCAAGGUGCAGCGUGAAAAGCGUACAUGUUCAUUAACUAAAUAAACAUUCAACAAAACAAGAAACAACGUAACGUGAAGUCCAAUGGGCUGUACACAUACCAGACUAACAGGAACAAGAUCCCACAACUAAGGUAGGAAAACAGGCUACUUAAGUAUGAUCCCCAAUCAGAGACAAUGAGCGACAGCUGCCUCUGAUUGGGAAUCAUACCCGGCCAGACAUAGAAAUAGGAAAACUAUAACCUAAACACAGAAAUUCUAACAUAGAUCCUCACGCCCUGACCAAACCAACUAAAGACAACCGGCCUCUCAAGGCCAGGGCGUGACAUAAUUUGAGUCAGUUGGAGUUGUACCUGUGGAUGUAUUUCAAGGCCUACCUUCAAACUCAGUGCCUCUUUGCUUGACAUCAUGGGAAAAUCAAAAGAAAUCAGCCAAGACCUCAGAAAAAAAAUGGUAGACCUCCACAAGUCAAGAGCAAUUUCCAAACGCCUGAAGGUACCACGUUCAUCUGUACAAACAAUAGUACGCAAGUAUAAAAACCAUGGGACCACGCAGCUGUCAUACCGCUCAGGAAGGACAAUGACCCCAAGCAUACUUCCAAAGUUGUGGCAAAAUGGCUUAAGGACAACAAAGUCAAGGUAUUGGAGUGGCCAUCACAAAGCCCUGACCUCAAUCCUAUAGAAAAUAUGUGGGCAGAACUGAAAAAGCGUGUACGAGCAAGGAGGCCUACAAACCGGAUUCAGUUACACCAGCUCUGUCAGGAGGAAUGGGCCAAAAUUCACCCAACUUAUUGUGGGAAGCUUGUGGAAGGCUACCCGAAACGUUUGACCCAAGUGAAACAAUUUCAAGGCAAUGCUACCAAAUACUAAUUGAGUGUACGUAAACUUCUGACCCACUGGGAAUGUGAUGAAAUAAAUAAAAGCUGAAAUAAAUCAUUCUCUCUACUAUUAUGAAUUGUGAAAAGCUGAGUUUAAAUGCAUUUGGCUAAGGUGUAUGUAAACUUCCGACUUCAACUAUGUAUCAAAAGUAAAUGUAUUUGCUAAUAUAUACUUAAGUAUCAAAAGUAAAAGUAAAAGUAUAAAUCAUUUCAAAUUCCUUAUAUUAAGCAAACCCGAUAGCACCAUUUUCUUGUUUAAAAAAAAAAAGUGCACAGAUAGCCAGGGGCACACUCAAACAUUCAGAUAUAAUUUACAAACGAAGCGUGUGUUUAGUGACUCCACCAGAUCAGAGGCAGUAGGGAUCAGCAGGGAUGUUCUGUUGAUAAUUGCGUGAAUUGGACCAUUUUCCCGUCCUGCUAAGCAUUCAAAAUGUAGUACUUUUGGGUGUCAGGGAAAAUGUAUAAAGUAAAAAGUACAUUAUUUUCUUUAGGAAUGUAGUGAAGUAAAAGUAAAAGUAGUUAAAAAUAUUAAUAGUAAAGUACAGAUACCCCAAAAAACUACUUAGGUAGUACUUCAAAGUAUUUUUACUUAAGUACUUUACACUACUGUCCAUGGGUACCAGGUAAUAACAUGGCUAUAUACACGGGGUACCAGGUAAUAACAUGGCUAUAUACAGGGAGUACCAGGUAAUAACAUGGCUAUAAACAGGGAGUACCAGGUAAUAACAUGGCUAUAUACAGGGAGUACCAGGUAAUAACAUGGCUAUAUACAGGGAGUACCAGGUAAUAACAUGGCUAUAUACAGAGAGUACCAGGUAAUAACAUGGCUAUAUACAGGAAGUACCAGGUAAUAACAUGGCUAUAUACAGGGAGUACCAGGUAAUAACAUGGUUAUAUACAGGGAGUACCAGGUAAUAACAUGGCUAUAUACAGGGAGUACCAGGUAAUAACAUGGCUAUAUACAGGGAGUACCAGGUAAUAACAUGGUUAUAUACAGGGAGUACCAGGUAAUAACAUGGCUAUAUACAGGGAGUACCAGGUAAUAACAUGGCUAUAUACAGGGAGUACCAGGUAAUAACAUGGCUAUAUACAGGGAGUACCAGGUAAUAACAUGGCUAUAUACAGGAAGUACCAGGUAAUAACAUGGCUAUAUACAGGGAGUACCAGGUAAUAACAUGGCUAUAUACAGGGAGUACCAGCUAAUAACAUGGCUAUAUACAGGGAGUACCAGGUAAUAACAUGGUUAUAGACAGGGAGUACCAGGUAAUAACAUGGCUAUAUACAGGAAGUACCAGGUAAUAACAUGGCUAUAUACAGGGAGUACCAGGUAAUAACAUGGCUAUAUACAGGGAGUACCAGGUAACAACAUGGCUAUAUACAGAGAGUACCAGGUAAUAACAUGGCUAUAUACAGGGGAGUACCAGGUAAUAACAUGGCUAUAUACAGGGAGUACCAGGUAAUAACAUGGCUAUAUACAGGGAGUACCAGGUAAUAACAUGGUUAUAGACAGGGAGUACCAGGUAUUAACAUGGCUAUAUACAGGCAGUACCUGGUAAUAACAUGGCUAUAUACAGGGAGUACCAGGUAAUAACAUGGCUAUAUACAGGGAGUACCAGGUAAUAACAUGGCUAUAUACAGGGAGUACCAGGUAAUAACAUGGCUAUAUACAGGGAGUACCAGGUAAUAACAUGGCUAUAUACAGGGAGUACCAGGUAAUAACAUGGCUAUAUACAGGGAGUACCAGGUAAUAACAUGGUUAUAGACAGGGAGUACCAGGUAAUAACAUGGCUAUAUACAGGGAGUACCAGGUAAUAACAUGGCUAUAUACAGGGAGUACCAGGUAAUAACAUGGCUAUAUACAGGGUGUACCAGGUAAUAACAUGGCUAUAUACAGGGAGUACCAGGUAAUAACAUGGCUAUAUACAGGAAGUACCAGGUAAUAACAUGGCUAUAUACAGGGAGUACCAGGUAAUAACAUGGCUAUAUACAGGGAGUACCAGGUAAUAACAUGGCUAUAUACAGGGAGUACCAGGUAAUAACAUGGCUAUAUACAGGGAGUACCAGGUAAUAACAUGGCUAUAUACAGGAAGUACCAGGUAAUAACAUGGCUAUAUACAGGAAGUACCAGGUAAUAACAUGGCUAUAUACAGGGAGUACCAGGUAAUAACAUGGCUAUAUACCGGAAGUACCAGGUAAUAACAUGGCUAUAUACAGGGAGUACCAGGAAAUAACAUGGCUAUAUACAGGGAGUACCAGGUCAUUGAGGUAGAUACUGUAUGUACAUAUAGGUAGAGAUAAAGUGACUAGGCAACAGGAUAGAUAAUAGACAGUAGCAGCAGUAUACUGUAGGUAGGGGUAAAGGGACUAGACAACAGGAUAGAUAAUAGACAGUAGCAGCUAGUCCGGGUGCUUGGUGUGUGGUAGCAGAGAGAACAUGAAUUGGGUGGCUGGAGUCUGAAAAUGUGAGGGUCUUCCUCUGAGACCGCCUGGUAUAGAGGUCCUGGAUGGCAGGAAGCUUGGCCCCAUGAUGUACUGGGCCGUACGCACUACCCUCUGACACCGCCUGGUAUAGAGGUCCUGGAUGGCAGGAAGCUUGGCCCCAUGAUGUACUGGGCCGUACGCACUACCCUCUGACACCGCCUGGUAUAGAGGUCCUGGAUGGCAGGAAGCUUGGCCCCAUGAUGUACUGGACCGUACGCACUACCCUCUGACACCGCCUGGUAUAGAGGUCCUGGAUGGCAGGAAGCUUGGCCCCAUGAUGUACUGGGCCGUACGCACUACCCUCUGUAGUCAGAUACCAGGCGGUGAUGCAGCCAGUCAAGAUGCUCUCAGUGGUGCAGCUGUAGAACUUGGCAGAUCUGAGGGCCGAUGCCAAAUCUUCUCAGCCUCCUGAGGGGGAAGAGGCGUUGUCGUGCCCUCUUCACGACUGUCUUGGUGUGUUUGGACCAUGUUAUUUCCACCGAGAAACUUGAAGGUCUCGAGCCUCUCCACUACAGCCUCAUCAAUGUGGAUGGCGGCGUGCUCUGCCCUCCAUUUCCUGUAGUCCACGAUCAGCUCCUUUGUCUCGCUGACGUUGAGGGAAAAGUUGUUGGCACCACAUUUUGUUACGUUACAGCCCUUAUUCUAAAAUGGAUUAAAUAGUAUUUUGUUCCUCAUCAAUCUACACACAAUACCCCAUAAUGACAAAGUGAAAACAGGUUUUUAGAAAUUUUAGCAAAUGUAUUAAAAAUAAAAAACAGAAAUAUCACACUUACAUAAGUAUUCAGACCCUUUGCUAUGAGACUCGAAAUUGAGCUCAGGUGCAUCCUGUUUCCAUUGAUCAUCCUUGAGAUGUUUCUACAGCUUGAUUGGAGUCCACCUGUGCUAAAUUCAAUUGAUUGGACAUGAUUUGGAAAGACACACACCUGUCUAUAUAAGGUCCCACAGUUGACGGUGCAUGUCAGAGCAUAAACCAAGCCAUGAGGUCGAAGGAAUUGUCCGUAGAGCUCCGAAACAGGAUUGUGUCGAGGCACAGAUCUGGGGAAGGGUACAAAACAAUUUCUCCAGCAUUGAAGGUCCCCAAGAACACAGUGGCCUCCAUCAUUCUUAAAUGGAAGAAGUUUGGAACCAACAAGACUCUUCCUAGUGUUGGCCGCCUGGCCAAACUGAGCAAUCGGGGGAGAAGGGCCUUGGUCAGGGAGGUCACCAGGAACCCGAUGGUCACUCUGACAGAGCUCCAGAAUUUGACUGUGGAGAUGGGAGAACCUUCCAGAAGGACAACCAUCUCUGCAGCACUCCACCAAUCAGGCCUUUAUGGUAGAGUGGCCAGACGGUAGCCACUCCUCAGUAAAGGCACAUGACAGCCUGCUUGGAGUUUGCCAAAAGGCACCUAAAGGACUCUCAGACCAUGAGAAACAAGAUUCUCUGGUCUGAUGAAACCAAGAUUGAACUCUUUGGCCUGAAUGCCAAGCGUCACGUCUGGAGGAAACCUGGCACCAUCCCUACGGUGAAGCAUGGUGGUGGCAGGAUCAUGCUGUGGGGAUGUUUUUCAGCGGCAGGGACUGGGAGACUACUCAGGAUUGAGGGAAAGAUGAACGGAGCAAAGUACAUAGAGAUCCUUGAUAAAAACCUGCUCCAGAGUGCUCAGGACCUCAGACUGGGGUGAAGGUUCACCUUCCAACAGGACAACGACCCUAAGCACACAGCCAAGACAACGCAGGAGUGGCUUCGGGACAAGUCUCUGAAUGUCCUUGAAGCGCCCAGCCAGAGCCCAGACUUGAACCCGAUCAAACAUCUCUGGAGAGACCUAAAAAUAGCUGUUCAGAGAAGCUCCCCAUCCAACCUGACAGAGCUUGAGAGGAUCUGCAGAGAAGAAUGGGAGAAACUCCCCAAAUACAGGUGUACCAAGCUUGUAGCAUCAUACCCGAGUGGUGCAGUGGUCUAAGGCACUGCAUCGCAGUGCUAGCUGUGCCACUAGAGAUCCUGGUUCGAACCAGGCUCUGUCGUAGCCGGCCGCGACCGGGAGACCCAUGGGGCGGCGCACAAUUGGCCCAGCGUCGUCCAGGGUAGGGGAGGGAAUGGCCGGCAGGGAUGUAGCUCAGUUGGUAGAGCAUGGCGUUUGCAACGCCAGGGUUGUGGGUUCGAUUCCCACGGGGGGCCAGUAUGAAAAAUAAUGUAUGUACUCACUAACUGUAAGUCGCUAUGGAUAAGAGCGUCUGCUAAAUGACUAAAAUGUAAAAUGUAAGACUCUAGGCUGUAAUCGCUGCCAAAGGUGCUUCAACAAAGUACUGAAUAAAGGGUCUGAAUACUACAAAAAUAUCUAUAAAACUGCUUUCACAUUGUCAUUAUGGAGUAUUAUGUGUAGAUUGAUGAGGGAAAAAAGCAAUUUAAUCAAUUUUAGAAUAAGGCUGUAACGUAACAAAAUGUGGAAAAAGUAAUGGGGUCUGAAUACUUUCAGAAUGGACUGUUAUGUACGGUUACUGUGGGAACGUUGUUGUGGAUGCACUUAUUAAUGAAGCCGGUGACUGAUGUGGUAAACUCCUCAAUGUUAUUGAUUGAAUCCCGGAACAUAUUCCAGUUUGUGCAAACAGUCCUGUAGCUUAGCAUCAGCUUCAUCUGACCACUUCCGUAUUGAGCGCAUCACUGGUACUUCCUGUUUGAGUUUUUGCUUGUAAGCAGAAAUCAGGAGGAUAGAGUUAUGGUCAUAUUUGCCAAAUGGAGGGUGAGGGAGAGCUUUGUACGCGUUUCUGUGUGUGGAGUAAAGGUGAUCUAGAGUUUUGUCGCCUCUAGUUUCACAGGUGAAAUGCUGGAAAGAAGUUGGUAAAACAGAUUUCUGUUUUCCUGCAUUCAAAUCACCGGCCACUAGGAGCACCGUCUCUGGAUGAGCGUUUUCCUGUUUGCUUAUGGCCCUAUACAGCUCGUUGAGUGUGGUCUUAGUACCAGUGUCGGUUUGUGGUGGUAAAUAGACAGCUACGAAAAAUAUAGAUGAAAACUCUCUUGGUAAAUAGUAUGGUCUACAGCUUAGGUGAGCAGAACUCAGAGACUUCCUUCAUAUUAGAGACACACACCAGCUGCUGUUAACAAAUAGACACACCCCUCCCCCCUUAGUUUUACCCUGGUCUGGAGUAAGCAGAACGUCCAGAGCUCAUUUCGGUCAUAGGAAACGAUGGCGGAAACAUUAUCUACAAAAAAAAUUAAAAAGAUCAGCACUAAAAAACACACAAAAUAGCAAAAUUGGUCAGAAGCCUGUAAAACGUCCGCUAUCCACUGCAGCUCAAUCUUUUGAUUGUGUGUGUGUGUGUGUGUGUGUGUGUGUGUGUGUGUGUGUGUGUGUGUGUGUGUGUGUGUGUGUGUGUGUGCGUGCGUGCGUGCGUGCGUGCGUGCGUGCGUGCGUGCGUGCGUGCGUGCGUGCGUGCGUGCGUGCGUGCGUGCGUGCGUGUGUGUGUUUGUUUGUGUGUUUGUGGCACUAGGUUAUGCAAGCAAUGGAAGGUUUAUUUACGUUAUGGUCAAGAGUUUGGGAUAAAUGUUAUUUUUUUAUAUAAUUAUUUCAGAUAGAGGUCUCAGCCAAGCUUGAUUCAUUGCAGAAACACCUGAAAAUACUCAACAAGACUAAAGAGGAUUGGGAAGAAACCAAAUAUUACAUAAAGGUAAGUUUUGUUUGCUACAGUAGUUCCCUAGCGUGUUAAGGAAUCAGCUUUUUUUUUUCUCAGAACAGAUGGACGACUUCAGUAAGCUUUUCGAAUUAGUUAGUGAGCUAAAUACAUACACUAUCAAUGAAUCACUCAACGAAUCAAUCUGAUUAACUGCAGAGCCAGGCGGACCAGACGGAGCGACAGAUGAAGGAGGAGUUUGAGAGGUUCCACCAGAUCUUGAGGGAGGAGGAGAAGAACAGAGUGGCCAAGCUGAGACAGGAAGAGGAGACGAACACUCAGGUGAUGUGUAUCAAGCUGGAGUACAUCAAGGAGAGGAUCGCUGCCCUCACAGACGCCAUCGGUGAAGUAGAGACGGCUAUACAAGCGGAUGACGUGAAGUUUUUACAGGUAUCUAAUCCUAAAUAAAUUAACAAAUUAAAUGGUCAAUUCAUACAGGAUGACUUACACGUAUUCAACAUUUUGUCAAUAAAGUGAUUUAUUAUUAAUAUGACUCUAUUCAAUAACAUCACAUUGUUUUACUCUACCUCUCUAGGACUACAAGAAAACAAAAAGCAGGUAUGUAUAGGCCUAUGGUGGGGGAAGGGAUCCCUAAUAAAUACAAAUACUACUACUACCUACUAUUACUAUAUAAUAUUACUACAUACUACUACUACCUACUAUUACUACCUACUAUUACCACUAUUACUACCUACCAUUACUACCUACUAUAACUAAUAGUACUACUAUUACUACCUACUAUUACCACUAUUACUACCUACCAUUACUACCUACUAUAACUAUAACUACUAUUACUAUUAUUACUACCUACUAUUACUAAUAUUACUACCUACUAUUACUAAUAUUACUACCUACUUUCACUACUUACUAUUACUGCCUAUUAUUACUACAAUUACUAACUUUUAUUACCACUAUUACAACCUACUAUUACUACUAUUGCUAUGUGCUUUUACUACAAAAUAUUACUAACUAAUAUUACUACUAGUACUAACUAAUAUUACAACUACUACUACAUACUAUUACUACCUACUAUUACCACUAUUACUACCUACCAUUACUACCUACUAUAACUACUAUUACUACUAUUAAUACCUACUAUUACUACAUACGAUUACUACCUACUAUUACUACCUACUAAUACUACCUACUAAUACUACCUACUAUUACUACCUACUAUUACUACUAUUAAUACCUACUAUUACUACUAUUACUACCUACUAUUACUACAUACUAUUACUACCUACUAUUACUACUAUUAAUACCUACUAUUACUACUAUUACUACCUGCUAUUACUACCUGCUACUGCUUCCUACUUUUACUACCUACUAUUAUUAACUACUAUUACUACCAACUAAAAUAUCUAUGAUUCAGAGGGGUUGGGUUUAAUCAGAAGACACAUUUCAGUUUAAUGCAUUCAGUUGUACAACUGACAAGGUAUCCCCGUUUCCCUUAAUAUGACUACUAUUACUACCUACUAUUACUACCUACUAUUACUACUACUAUUACUAAAUAAUAUGACUAACUAAUAUUACUACUAUUACUACCUACUCUUACUACCUACUAUUACUACCUACUAUUACUAAAUAAUAUGACUAACUAAUAUUACUACUAUUAAUACCUACUCUUACUACAACUGCUACUACUACCACUACUACUACUAUUACCACUUCUACUACUACUACUACCACUACUACUACUACCUACUAUUACUACCUACUAUGACUACCUUCUACUACCUACUACUACUACUAUUACUACUACUACUACUAUUACCUACUAUUACUACUAUUACUAACUACUAUUACUACUAUUACUACCUACUAUUACUACAACUGCUACUACUACCACUACUACCACUACCACUACCACUACCACUACUACUUCUACUACUACUACCUACAAUUACUACAAUUACUACCUACUAUUACUACCUACUACUACUAAUACCUACUAUUACUACAUACUAUUACUACUAUUACUACAUACCAUUACUACCUACUAUUACUACCAUUACUACCUAACAUUACUACCUAUUAUUACUAUUGUUACUACUAUGACUACCUACUAUUACUAACUACUAUUACUACCACCACAUACUAUUACUACAUACUAUUUAUACAUAUUAUUACUAACUACUAUUACUAACUACUAUUACUACUAUUACUACCUACUAUUACUACUAUUACUACCUACUAUUACUACAUACUAUUACUACCUACUAUUACUACCUGCUACUGCUUCCUACUUUUACUACCUACUAUUAUUAACUACUAUUACUACCAACUAAAAUAUCUAUGAUUCAGAGGGGUUGGGUUUAAUCAGAAGACACAUUUCAGUUUAAUGCAUUCAGUUGUACAACUGACAAGGUAUCCCCGUUUCCCUUAAUAUGACUACUAUUACUACCUACUAUUACUACCUACUAUUACUACCUACUAUUACUAAAUAAUAUGACUAACUAAUAUUACUACUAUUAUUACCUACUCUUACUACCUACUAUUACUACCUACUAUUACUAAAUAAUAUGACUAACUAAUAUUACUACUAUUACCACUAUUACUACCUACUAUUACUACAACUGCUACUACUAUUACCACUACUACUACUACUACUACCACUACUACUACUACCUACUAUUACUACCUACUACUAUUACCUACUAUUACUACUAUUACUAACUACUAUUACUACCUACUAUUACUACAAAUGCUACUACUACCACUACUACCACUACCACUACUACCACUACUACUACUACUACUACUACUACCUACUAUUACUACUAUUACUACCUACAAUUACUACCUACUAAUAAUACUAAUACUACUAUUACUACCUAAUAUUACUACCUACUUUUACUACUAUUAUACCUACUAUUACUACCUACUAUUAUUAACUACUAUUACUACCAACUAAAAUCUCUCUGAUUCAGAGGGGUUGGGUUAAAUGCGGAAGACACAUUUCAGUUUAAUGCAUUCAGUUGUACAACUGACAAGGUAUCCCCGUUUCCCUUAAUAUGACUACUAUUACUACCAUUACUACCUACUAUUACUACCUACUAUUACUACCUACCACUACCUACAAUUACUAUUGCUACCUGCUAUUACUAAUAUUACUACCUACUAUUACUACCUACUAUUUCCUCGUACGAUUACUACCUACUAUUACUAAAUACUAUUGGUACAUACUAUUACUACCUAUUAUUACUAAAUACUAUUGGUACAUACUAUUACUACCUACUAUUACUACCUACUACUACUAAUAUUAAUACCUACUAUUACUACCUACUACUAUUACUACCUACGAUUAUUACCUACUAUUACUACAUACUAUGACUAACAUUACCUACUAUUACUACUACUCCUACCUACUAAUACUACCUACUAAUACUAAUACUUACUAUUACUACAAUUACUACCUACUAUUACUACCUACUCUUACUACCUAAUAUUACUACCUACUAUUACUACUAUUACUACCUACUACUACUACUAUUACUACCUAUUAUUACUAUCUACUAUUACUACCUACUUACUAUUAUUACUACCUAAUAUUACUACUACUUCAUAUUACUACCUACUAUUAAUACCUACUAUUACUACUUGUCACGAUCGUCGUAAGCAACGGACCAAGGCGCAGCGUGAUAUGGGUACAUCUUUUAAUGAGUACUUUAAACACGAACAACAAAACAACAAAACGAUACGUGAAGUCCUAAGGUUAACAAAACACAAACCUCUCCGGAACAAGAUCCCACAAAUGACAAGGGCAAAACAGGCUGCCUAAGUAUGGUUCCCAAUCAGAGACAACAAGCCACAGCUGCCUCUGGUUGGGAACCACCCCGGCCAACAUAGAAACACAUGAACUAGAACAUAGAACACUAACAUAGAAACUAACACCCUGGCUCAACAUAUAAGAGUCCCCAGAGCCAGGGCGUGACAGUACCCCCCCCCCAAAGGCGCGGACUGCGACCGCGCCAACUAAACCCAACAGGGGAGGGGCCGGGUGGGCAUUCCGCCUCGGAGGCGGAUCCGGCUCCGGGCGUGACCACCACUCUCUAGCUACCCCCCCCGUAGCGCCCCUGGUCUGGUCCCGCUGGCUGGAGCUGGACUGGACAUCGGUGGAGCGGAUUGCUUAGGCUCCGGUGUGGAGCAGCUGACUGGUACCUGACCAGGCACCGGUGGAACAGGCACGGGCUGUGCCGGACUGACGACACGCACCACUGGCUUGGUGCGGGGAGCAGGAACAGGCCGGGCCGGGCCGGGCUGGCGACGCGCACCACAGGCUUGGUGCGGGGAGCAGGAACCGGCCGGACCGGGCUGGCGACGCGCACCACUGUCUUGAUGCGGGGAGCAGGGAUGGGCCGGACCGGGCUGACGACGCGCACCACUGGCUUGGUGCGGGGAGCAGGAACAGGCCGGACCGGGCUGGCGACGCGCACAACUGUCUUGAUGCGGGGAGCAGGGAUGGGCCGGACCGGGCUGACGACGCGCACCACUGGCUUGGUGCGGGGAGCAGGAACAGGCCGGACCGGGCUGACGACGCGCACCACAGGCUUGGUGCGGGGAGCAGGAACGGGCCGGACCGGGCUGGGAUCACACACCACUGGCCUUGUGCGGGAAUCAGGAACGGGCCGGACCGGACUGGUGACACUCACCACUUGCUUGGUGCGAGGAGCGGGACUGGGUUUCCUCAUAAACCUCCGCUCCCUCUGCUGCCUACUCAGUUCCUCUCGCCGUGCCUCCACACUCUCCUUCUCCCUCCUGACCAAUGGCCCCCGUAACCUGGUGGCCUCCUCUCCUAGUCCACAAACUCCUCCAGCAGCCCCGUCGUCCAUGCCGUGUGCCCCCCCAAAUUUUUUUAUUGGGGUUGCCUCUCGCCUGUCCGACGACGACCCGGUUGGCGCCGCUUCUCCUCUCCUGCCUGGACAUCCUCCCUCAUCGCCCUCCGGUAGCGGACGGCCUCCUCCUCGGUGAUCUUCCCCCAACCGAGGAGGACAUCCACUAGCGUUACCUCCGGCGUUUGCUCCUGGACACGCUGCUUGGUCCUUAAUUGGUGGGAUAUUUUGUCACAAUCGUCGUAAGCAACGGACCAAGGCACAGCGUGAUAUGCGUACAUCUUUUAAUGAGUACUUUAAACACGAACAACAAAACAACAAAACGAUACGUGAAGUCCUAAGGUUAACACAACACAAACCUCUCCGGAACAAAGAUCCCACAAAUGACAAGUGCAAAACAGGCUGCCUAAGUAUGGUUCCCAAUCAGAGACAACAAGCCACAGCUGCCUCUAAUUGGGAACCACCCCGGCCAACAUAGAAACACAUGAACUAGAACAUGAACAUAGAACACUAACAUAGAAACUAACACCCUGGCUCAACAUAUAAGAGUCCCCAGAGCCAGGGCGUGACACUACUAUUACUACAUACUAUUACUACAUACUAUUACUACUACUUCAUAUUACUACCUACUAUUACUACCUACUAUUACUGCCUACUAUUACUACCUACUAUUACUACUAUUACUACAUACUAUUACUACUACUUCAUAUUACUACCUACUAUUAAUACCUACUAUUAAAGCCUACUAUUACUACCUACUAUUACUACUAUUACUACCUACUAUUACUCCCUAUGAUUACUACUAUUACUCCCUACUAUAACUACCUCAUAUUACUACCUACUAUUACCUACUCUUACUACCUACAGUUACUACUAUUACUACUACUACUACCCAAUAUUACUGCCUACUAUUACUACCUACUAAUACUACUACCUACUAUUACUACCUACUAUAUCUACCUAUUAUCACUACCUACUAUCACUACCUACUAUUACUACCUACUAUUACUACCUACUAUCACUACCUACUAUUACUAACUACUAUUACUACUCUUACUACCUACUAUCACUACCUACUAUUACUACCUACUAUUACUACUAUUACUAUCUAAUAUUACUACCUACUAUUACUACUACCUACCAUCACUACCUACUAUUACUACCUACUAUUACUACUAUUACUAUCUACUAUUACUACCUACUAUUACUAUUAUUACUACCUAAUAUUACUACGUACUAUUACUACUAUUAAUACCUACUAUCACUACUAUUACUACCUACUAUUACUACUAUUACUACCUACUAUUACUACUGCUUCAUAUUACUACCUACUAUUACUAUAUAAUAUCACAACUAUUACUACCUAUUAUGACUACUAUUAAUACCUACUAUCACUACCUACUAUUACUACUAUUACUACCUACUAUUACUACCUACUAUUACUACUGCUUCAUAUUACUACCUACUAUUAAUACAUACUAUUAAAGCCUACUAUUACUACUAUUACUACCUACUAUUUCUCCCUACUAUAACUGCCUAAUAUUACUACCUACUAUUACCUACUCCUACUACCUACUGUUACUACUAUUACUACUAUUACUACCCAAUAUUACUGCCUACUAUUACUACCUACUAUUACUACCUACUAAUACUACUACCUACUAUUACUGCCUACUAUUACUGCCUAUGAGUACUACUAUUACUACCUACUAAUACUAUUACUACUAUUACUACUUACUAUUACUACCUACUAUUACUGCCUAUGAUUACUACUAUUACUACCUACUAUAUCUACCUACUAUCACUACAUACUAUCACUACCUACUAUUACUACUAUUACUGCCUACUAUUACUACUAUUACUGCCUACUAUUACUGCCUAUGAGUACUACUAUUACUACCUACUAUUACUACCUACUAUUACUACCUACUAUUACUACCUAAUAUUACUAACUACUAUUACUACUAUUACUACUUACUAUUACUACCUACUAUUACUGCCUAUGAUUACUACUAUUACUGCCUACUAUUACUACCUACUAUUACUACCUACUAAUACUACUACCUACUAUUACUGCCUACUAUUACUGCCUAUGAGUACUACUAUUACUACCUACUAUUACUAUUACUACUAUUACUACUUACUAUCACUACCUACUAUUACUACUAUUACUACCUACUAUUACUACUCUUACUACCUACUAUUACUACCUACUAUUACUCUUACCUACUAUCACUACCUACUAUUACUGCCUACUAUUACUACUAUUACUAUCUACUAUUACUACCUACUAUUAUUACUACCUAAUAUUAAUAUUACUACGUACUAUUACUACUAUUACUACCUACUAUCACUACUAUUACCACCUACAAUUUCUAACAAAUAUUACUAGUAUUACUACCUACUAUUACUACCUACUAUUACUAACUAAAGCAAGUUUUUUAUUGAAACCUUAUUGAUGAUAAAUCCAUCAUGUUCCAGGACCAAAUGCCCCCUGGGAGAGCCAGAGUGUAUCAGAGGAAUCCUGAUAGACGCUGCCAAACAUCUGGGAUCACUCAAGUUUGAAAUCUGGAAGAAGAUGGCAGACAUUGUCCAGAAGGGUGAGUAUAGGCUACAUAUUCUUCGCAGCCAUUCGUACAAAUUCCAAAAACGAUUUAGAUAACUUUGGCAUCCAGAACCAAAUCUCCCACGCGACAGACUACCAUUUUGAUCAAGUAGAGAAAGUGUCCUUAUACAUAAACAAAAUGCAUGUUUGUGCAACCUGUUGAUAUAGACCUCAGACAUUCAGUCAGACAUUCAGUCAGACAUUCAAAACAUGUUUUCGGAUUCCCAUUGCCAAGAAAUGAAAUGAAUAUAUCUGUAUGCUGCUAUACCAAUUAACACACUCCUUCUGCUCUACCAAUUAACACACUCCUUCUGCUCUACCAAUUAACACACUCCUUCUGUUCUACCAAUUAACACACUCCCACUGCUAUACCAAUUAGCAUACUAAUUCUGCUCUACCAAUUAACACACUCCUUCUGCUCUACCAAUUAACACACUCAUUCUGCUCUACCAAUUAACACAUUCCUUCUGCUCUACCAAUGAACACACUCCUUCUGCUCUACCAAUUAACACACUCCUUCUGCUCUACCAAUUAACACACUCCUUCUGCUAUACCAAUUAACACACUCCUUCUGCUCUACCAAUUAACACACUCCUUCUGCUCUACCAAUUAACACACUCCUUCUGCUCUACCAAUUAACACACUCCUUCUGCUCUACCAAUUAACACACUCCUUCUGCUAUACCAAUUAACACACUCCUUCUGCUCUACCAAUUAACACACUCCUUCUGCUCUACCAAUUAAAACACUCCUUCUGCUCUACCAAUUAACACACUCCUUCUGCUAUACCAAUUAGCAUACUCCUUCUGCUCUACCAAUUAGCAUACGCUGUAGUGAUAGAUGUUUCUCCUCCUUCCAGUCCCCAUAACGCUGGAUCCCAACACAGCCCAGUCCAACCUCAGCUUCUCUGAGGAGUUCAGCAGUGUGAGGUACAGCAGUAAGAAACGCCUGCCAGACAACCCCGAGCGCCUCGCUAGCCGCAUCUCGGUCCUGGGAGCUACAGGGUUCACCUCUGGAAGACACAGCUGGACCGUAGAGGUGGGCCAGAGCAGGGACUGGUACAUCGGAGUUGCCCGAGAGUCCAUCAAACGCAAGUCCGCCAUCUUCCUCAACCCUGCUGAGGGAUUCUGGGUAAUCGGGUUGUGUAACGGGGAGACGUACUGGGCCCAGACGUGCCCGCGGAUGCGCCUGGCGGUGAAGAGAGAGAGGAAGCCGUGGAGGAUCACUGUGGAGCUGGACUACGACCGAGGGAAGGUGCUGUUUCUGAACGCAGUGGACUCAACGCUGAUACACAUGUUCAGAGAGAAGUUCACUGAGAGGAUCUUUCCUUAUUUUUCUCCUGGGAUGUAUGAGGAGGGAAACACCUCCAGUCCACUGACCAUCUGUCCCCUGACUAUAGCUGUAGAGGUACUGGACCAGAUCAAAAUACCAUAACUACCAUGACACCUCCAGUCCACUCACCAUCCGUCCCCUGACUAGCCAUUUGUAAUCACCAUCACUGUUCAGUACUCAAGUGUGCAAAAGAUGUAUAGUCAACCAUAUUCAAAUCAUAGCCAUUGAUAAAGGUCAGAAAAUGUUUAGUAGCAAACCAGUUAGUGGAUCUAGUAUAUGUGUAGGCAUGUGUGUUUACAAUAAACUUUGUGUACUUAUAAAGGUAUAUGC